UCAUGACGUUGGCGUCGUCCGAGCGUGGGCGUGUCAUGUGACCGGCGCGACAGCUGAGGCCGGGCAGGAGGGCGGCGGCGGACAUUUUGUGAGCGGCGGCCGAAGGGAAGAGCAGCGGCAGGUCUUAAUCAACAUGGGAAGGAAGCACUAAUCAAGAUUCUAACAUGAUUGGAGGCUUGUUCAUUUACAAUCACAAGGGGGAAGUUCUUAUCUCCAGAGUCUACAGGGAUGACAUUGGACGGAAUGCAGUGGAUGCUUUCCGCGUCAAUGUCAUCCAUGCCAGGCAACAAGUGCGCUCCCCAGUGACCAACAUUGCACGUACCAGCUUCUUCCAUGUUAAACGUUCGAAUAUAUGGCUGGCUGCUGUCACCAAGCAGAAUGUCAAUGCAGCCAUGGUCUUUGAGUUCCUGUACAAAAUGUGUGAUGUUAUGACCUCCUACUUUGGAAAGAUCAGUGAAGAAAAUAUCAAGAACAACUUUGUCCUCAUCUAUGAGCUUCUGGAUGAAAUCCUGGAUUUUGGUUACCCACAAAAUUCUGAGACCGGAGCAUUGAAAACGUUCAUUACCCAACAAGGAAUCAAAAGUCAGCACCAGACCAAGGAAGAGCAGUCACAAAUCACAAGCCAGGUAACCGGGCAGAUUGGAUGGAGGCGUGAAGGGAUCAAGUAUCGUCGAAAUGAACUUUUCCUGGAUGUUCUGGAGAGUGUCAACCUAUUAAUGUCACCUCAAGGUCAGGUUCUAAGUGCGCAUGUCUCGGGUAGGGUGGUAAUGAAGAGUUAUUUGAGUGGAAUGCCAGAGUGCAAGUUUGGAAUGAACGACAAGAUUGUUAUCGAGAAGCAAGGAAAAGGAACUUCUGAUGAGGCCGCAAAAAGGAUGAAAAUCGGACCAACCUCAACGCCUUCAAAAUCACGGAUCGCAAGUUCAGGACAAAACAAAAGUGGUAAGCAAUCCAUAGCAAUUGAUGACUGCACAUUCCACCAGUGUGUACGGCUCAGCAAGUUUGAAUCUGAAAGGAGCAUUAGUUUCAUUCCACCAGAUGGAGAAUAUGAACUCAUGAGGUAUCGAACCACUAAAGAUAUCAUCCUGCCGUUCCGAGUGAUCCCAUUGGUUAGAGAAGUGGGUCGCACUAAACUCGAGGUGAAAGUUGUGAUUAAAUCAAACUUCAAACCAUCACUGCUGGCUCAGAAGAUCGAGGUGCGUAUUCCAACCCCACUCAACACCAGUGGAGUUCAAGUCAUCUGCAUGAAAGGGAAGGCCAAGUACAAGGCUAGUGAGAAUGCAAUUGUGUGGAAGAUAAAGCGAAUGGCAGGAAUGAAGGAAUCGCAGAUCAGUGCUGAGAUUGAGCUUCUACCCACUAAUGAUAAAAAGAAAUGGGCUCGACCACCCAUUUCUAUGAACUUUGAGGUUCCAUUUGCUCCUUCUGGACUGAAGGUGCGUUAUCUGAAAGUGUUCGAGCCAAAGUUGAACUACAGCGACCACGACGUGAUAAAAUGGGUCCGGUACAUCGGGAGAAGCGGGAUCUACGAGACCAGAUGCUGAGAGCAGGCCUAGCCCGCGGCGCUCACUAAAACACACCAGACACUCUUCUGGCUGGCCACCACACCACACCAUGCACUUGACGUGGCCCAGGAGAUGACAAUAAGCCACACCUUCUCGGUUGUGGCUGCACCACCAACGAUGGAGACCCAGUCGACAAAAAUCCCACUUUUCCGUUGAAUUUGUAUUUCAUUUCCCCACCCUACCUGUUCUAUUCCCCGAUGGCCAUGUCCAACCCUGAACGCAGCUCCCAUUUCAUGUCUACUUGAUAUUCAACUCAUACAGUGUAUUUUCCAACAAUGUAAGCAUAUUGUAGUUCAAUAGAAUAUAGAAUGUAACAGGGCGUACCUGUAGAGACUGAACUGUAAUGGUAACAAUGUUGUAAUGAAUGUUGUGUGCAAUCAAGCUGGUCUUCCCACCAACCUGUGGUCAAGUUGCUGCAGUGUCUUCUUCGAUUUAUUAACUCUGUGACCAAAAUAAUUGUCAAAAAUACUACUUGUCUGUCUCAUGCAAUGGAGUGUACGUUCACUGUAGAAUUCUUGAGCUUUGCCACUGGGGGGGAGAUGCAGAUGGAACCAUUGCUUGGUUUACAGGAAAGAGCAUGAGGGUGUAUCAGUACACAGUUACUGAUCAAAUGUGCACUUAAUGUUUAUGAAAGAGAAAUGGCAUCUUUAUUAAUCUCUGGUCUACUGACCAGGACCUUGUUAAGGAAGGGCAAGAGUGAUGGAAGGGGGUAACCCAUGCAUUAGUGGCCCCUGCAAAUUCCAUUCCCUGGUCCCUCUGCCUAUUGGCCUGUCUCCAGGGAGCUAUUGAUGCACACGACUUUACAUUACAGCACAAGAGUUGCGUAACCCCACACAGGUCUGUUCACAGUGAGCCUGAGUACUGUGUAAUAUGUGUGUCUGAUCAUGGCUACUUGGUCAGUCGGUGACCCAAACCUGCACCGUUUUUAAAGAAGGGAAGUCUUAAAAGGACGAAUAUUGAAGAUGCUCGUCUGUAAAUCCUUUUGCUUGAUGGUGUGAUUCCUCUUGAGCAACUUUUUGUGAUUGUCCAGUUAAUCUUAAUAAACCAUACAGAAUCAGUACA